GAACAACAACAACAACAACAAGAUGAAGAAAGAAAAAAUAAUAUAACGAAACAGGAAGAGGUGGAGGAUAAGAUGGCUAACAAUACAAAUACAAAUUCAAUUUCUGAUUUUCUAUUUUCUGAUGAUACGAAUAGGGUUAACAAACGGUCUCAAUCACUCACUGGUGAAUCAAAUUAUAAUAAUCAUGAUAAUUCGUAUGCAAUUAAAAAUCAUCAACGCCCUAUAGGUAUGAAGCUUAUACAUCGAUCUUCUGCACCUAAUACGAGCAGCAUUAGCAGUAACUCGACAUUACCAACAUUAAGUAGUGAAAUGAUGAAACAAAGAUCCUAUACAUCAGGCGACACAAGCGCAAAACUAAAACAGUUUUUUGGAGAUGAUUUACCUCAGACUUCAUCUGUGGAUCUUACAGAAAACAAUAUGAUAGGAGGAGGAGUAGGAGUAGGAGGAGGAGUAGGACCUAAUUCAGAACAAAUACAAAGAAAGGCAUCUAUAGCACCAUCCAUUACCGUAUCAACUACAGCGACUUUGUUACAGGAAGACGAACAAAGAUUUUUACAGUAUGAUUAUAGUCCAAAUGAAAUUGUCUUCACGGCGGAAGGUAGUGUGAAAGGGGGUACACUAAAGGCACUUGUCGAACGUAUGACAUUACAUGAUUAUCUAGAUAUGAAUUUCAACAGUACUUUUUUGCUUACAUAUCGUUCCUUUUGUACAUCAAUGGAACUUUUAGAACUCUUGGAAGCACGAUAUAAUAUUCAACCUCCACCCGACUUAUUACCAGAUGAACUUGAAAUUUGGGCUAACAAAAAACAAAAACUGGUUCGACUUCGAGUCUUUAACGUUCUUAAAAUUUGGCUUGAACAAUAUUAUUAUGAAGAGGACUCUAUCAUUUUAGACCGAUUACUUCAUUUUACGAAUACAAGUAUUAAACAGUCAUUGAGUUUUUCAGCCUAUCAGCUCGAACGUCUUAUUCAAAAACGAAAGGAGGUCUCUAACGAUAUACCUCUAAAGAAACUCGUUAGUACACAACCUCAGGAUUUACCUGAACCUAUUUUGCCGCGUAACUUGAAGAAGUUUCGAUUAUUAGAUGUAGACCCAACUGAGAUGGCACGACAGCUGACGUUAAUGGAUUUUAAACUCUAUAAUGCGAUCAAACCUGUAGAAUGCCUUGAUAAGGCAUGGUCACGCGAUCAUUCAGCACCCAACAUUCAAUCCUCUAUUGAUUAUUGUAAUCAAAUCACCACAUGGGUCUCUGAUGAAAUCUUGAGCCAAUCCGAAGUUAAGAAGAGAAGCACUUUAAUCAAGUAUUGGGUAAAUGUAGCUGAACGAUGCCGUGUCUAUAAUAACUUUAACACCUGUAUGGCUAUAUUGUCAGCCUUUGAUAAUAGUGCUGUUGGACGACUCAAGAGAACCUGGGAAAUGGUUGGAGCACGUACAAAUCACAUUGUGGCACAUAUGCGAAAACUGAUGGGAGCCAAUCGAAACUUCAAUAGAUAUCGAGCUCUCAUUCAUUCCGUUAAUCCACCUUGUAUACCUUUCUUGGGUAUAUACCUACAAGAUUUAACAUUUAUUGAAGAUGGUAACCCGAAUACACUAAAGACCUCGAAGGAUUUUAUCAAUUUUGCAAAGCGGGCCAAGACAGCUGAAGUCAUCCGUGAAAUUCAGCAAUAUCAAACAAUGGGAUAUCAUUUUAAGCCUGUAGAAGAGAUUCAAACUUUUAUUACAGAGAAUUUGCAUAGCUCACGGGAUGAAGAUCAGCUAUACAAAGAGAGUUUAAAACUUGAACCAAAGGAAAGAGAUGAUGAAAAGAUUACACGACUCUUACAGGAAUCAGGUUUCUUAUAAACAUUUAGUAUUCUUCAUAACUGCAUUUUACAUAUAUACAUUUAAUCAUUCAUUAAAAAGAACAAAAAAGAAAAAAAAAAGAAAGACACAUAUACUAAACAUUCCUUAUUUAUAUACAUC